AGGUUUUCCCUUCCUUCUUCUGUCUGUCAGUCUUCUCCAUCAUCGAUCACAUUAACAUUUAUCGAUAAAGAGUGUAAACUGGUGUAAAUGGAGCUGAUUCCUGUUCUGGAGCCUGAGCAGAAGCCGCAGCACGGCCACUGGUAUGUUCUGGAGCCCACAGGUGCGGCUCCUGGAGUCUCGGUAGGCCACACCUGCUCAUUCCUUCCCGCUGCCCAUCACCAUGAUGACGAUGGAGGAGGAAAGGGGAGGAUUGUGAUUGUCGGGGGAGCAAAUCCUAGUGGAAGCUUCGCUGACUCCUACAUCAUCAAUCUAGAUACUCACCAGUGGGAUCUUCCAGAUUGGGAAGGUCUGCAGGCGCGUUAUGAGCACUGCAGUUUCACACCUGAGAGUGAGCCGCGAAGCCUCUGGGUGUUUGCUGGAGCAGAGAAGAGCACAAACCGCAACUGUGUUCAAGUGCUGCGCUUCUCAGAUGGUGGUGAAGGCCGUGGGUUUUGGCAGUCGGUGAAGGUGAUUGGAGCGCCUCCUUCAGGCCGCACGUAUCACACGAACUCAGCUUGUGUUGGAAACCGGCUGUUUGUGUUUUCUGGAGGAGAAGCAGGAUCUUCAGCAGUCACUGAUGCGCAGCUCCACGUGUUUGACGCAGUCAGUGUGACGUGGACGCAGCCAGACAUCACAGGAACGGCUCCAGCUCCGAGACACGGACACGUGAUCACAGCGGUGGGUUCAGACAUUUACAUACACGGAGGAAUGAGCGGAGAGAAGUUUCACAGCGACAUGUUCACACUGAACACAGAGUCUCUGAAAUGGCAGAAAGUGAAGGCAAAAGGUGAUCUUCCACCUGGAGUCGCAGCUCAUUCAUCUGUAACAUUCAACAAAAACAUCUUCAUCUUUGGAGGAAUGACGGCCGACGGAGCCACAAACUCCAUGUAUAAGUUUCAAUGCGAUAAACAGCGCUGGACGCUGCUGAAGUUUGCGGGGGAUCUUCCUCCGGGUCGGCUGGACCACUCCAUGUGUUUACUGCCGUGGAGAGUAAAGAUGGAGGACAGCGAACAUGCAGACGUUCAGCAUCUGUGCUUCGUCUUUGGAGGAAUGGACACUCAGGGGAUCAUAUUCAACGACUGCCUUGUUACUGUGCUGACGUGAUCAGUGUGCUUUAAUAUUUAAUAAACCUGACCAAUCUCAAAA